UGCGCCCUCCAGCCUGUGAGCAGCCAUCACUGACUGUGACCGAGAAAGAAGAAGAAGCGUCGGUGGCGCAACAUCUAGCUUUAGCAGAGGCUGCUGUGGGCUGCUAGCUCCUGACAGCUGCCCUCCUCCUCCUCCACCUCCUCCACCACCUCCUCCUGCUCCACAACAACAACAACGACACAACUUAGCUUCACCUAAUAUUCACCCUGCUCUUCUUAUGCCACCCUUCACACCCGGCGCACUAUGUUUGAGGAUCCUGAACUCCAAGAUCCAUUGUCUCUGAGUUUAAAUGAAAAUUAUGAUGACCAGAAUUCACCCCAUCAUGAUUCAAAAAAAGCACCAGCAAGCCCCGAGUAUAAUUGCGAGACACCAGAGAUUCAAGUAAUCAUCAAAGAGGAAGAGGAAGGCUGGACUGUGAGUGAAAAUCAUGAAAGCUUCAGCUCAGAGGGAGAAAAAGAGGACACCUCCACACACACUUGUCAUCCCCACAUCAACGCAUGCGGGAAGGAGAGCUCCAUUUCGUACGAAGUGAAGAGACAUGAGAGAGUGUAUACGGUGGAGAAAUGUUCGGAGGAGUCUGGCGGCCCCGUUCUCUAUGGGCAGAGCUCCUCUGCCAGAGAGGGGCGGCAGAGACACACGGUCAUGGACUCUGAUGAGAAACUUAAGAUUUCCUACACAUGUGGAAAGACGCCAGGAAAUGUGACUGUGCAUCAGUGCAAUAACACAGUACGUGAGAUGACCCCCGGUCACAAAAGGAACAUGAAAUCCCAUCAGAGGACACAUGCAGUGGAGGAAUGUUGUACUCAAGACCAGAGCCUUGACGUUAAAGAAAGCACAUCUUUGCCAACAGAAGCAGACCGACACGAGACCAAAAGAUCAGCACCCUGCCAAACAGACUCUCCUGAACAUAAGCCACUGAUGUCACAUGGACUGAAGAUGACAUCUGCAAACUUAGAGGACCAAACGCUCCAUUUGACUGUCAGAUUACAGGCAGGGGACGGGGAGGAGGAGGAGGAAGAACAAGAGGAGGAACAAGAUGAAGAAAUCGGUGGUUUAAUCAACUCGGAUGGAGAAGUGAUUGAAUGGGAUGCCGGAGACAGUUCUGACCAAGGCUCUGAUUGCACAGAAAGUCCUCAGCCUAGCAAGGGUGUCGUCCUGUCCGAGUGUCAGCCUCAAGGCCAAAGCCAGAGAGACAGCAGUAGUCCAACGCUCAUCAUGGAAGUUGUGUCUGUGGGGGAAGAUGAAGAAAGGGAAGAAGGGGAGGAAAAAGAGAGAGUAGUAAAGAUGGCAGCGGUAUCGUCCGUAUAUCGUGGAAAGAGACUCAGAAGAAAGAAAAAGGCUGCAGCAGUGACUGUGGUGUCAGUGGAUGUCUCAGACACAGAGAAAGAAGUCCCUGCAAGUCCCGUCAAAAAACGGGCCAAAAGAAAGACUUCAGAAGUCCCACUAAUGUCUGCUGAAGACUUGGAGGCAGAGCCAGGAAUAUCAAGGCGCACCCGAAGGAGGAGAAACGCCCCCAUCGUGGAAUCGGAAGAAUUAAUCCCAAAAACUGUCCGACGUGCUGCUGUAAAGCGACCUUACAGGAGGAGGAGAGAUACCAAACAAUCUGCUGAAGGAGAGGGAGAAAGCACAGGGGCUUCUGCUGGGAAGAAGCGCCCCGGACGGAAAAUGGUUCGUAUUCCCAUAGAUAUCCCUCCUGAGCUCCUGAAGAAGCCCAAAGAGAAGAUAGAGUACCACUGCUCAGUGUGCGGCAAAGAGUUCCCUCACGCCUACAAACUAGAGAGACACGAGCUGAUCCACACAGGAGAGAAACCAUACUGCUGCUCCAUCUGUGGACGAGGUUUCAACCAGAAGGGAAACCUCAAAACGCACUACAAAGUCCACUUAGGUCGUAAGGGCUCUGUGGAUUUGGACGAUGAGGUGAAUCCCAUCGCAUCAGAACUUUCUGAAUACUUGAAGUCUCUGCCAGGAGAGUCCAAGAUCAGAUCGUCCCUCCGCUGCCUCGAAUGUGGAAAAGAAUGUGACAGUCAGUCAGCAUUACAAGCACACCACAUUACGACACACACAGAAACAACUGACGAACCAGACACAGUCGAGCAAAGCUCACCACAGAUAUUCUUCUGCCGCCGCUGCGGCAUUCAAUUCAAUGCUAAAGAAAAGCUGGAAGAACAUAUGAAAACCCACAUCAAAGAGAAGCCCUACUCAUGUCCUGACUGUGGCAAGAGGUUCAUCAAUGAGAGCUACAUACAAAUCCACCAGCGCAUCCACACUGGGGAGAAACCAUUCCUCUGCUCCCAGUGCGGCCGAGGUUUUCACACGGCUUCCUCUCUCAAGCUGCAUGAGAUGCAGCACUCCGGGGAGAGACCGUUCGCUUGCACAAUCUGCGGGAAGACAUUCCGGAUAAACUCGUACUUAACAGCACAUUACCAGACCCACAUUAAAGACAGACCUUUCAUUUGUAGCGUCUGUGGGAAAGGCUACUCCAGAGCUGAGGAACUGAAGGUGCACCACAGGCUGCACACUGGAGAGAGACCCUACGAGUGUGGAGAGUGUGGGAAGAGCUUCAUUUACCGACAGGGUCUGCGGCAGCAUCAGCGCACACAUGCUGGAAGACGCAUCGGGCCAACCAGACAGCUCGGUAGACCGAAGCAAGAAGCCAGACUGGACAUCGAAAAUGAGCAGGAGCACAGGGGGGGUCAUCCAGGUCUCAACCACCUUCACAUCAACACCAUCAAAACAAAGGAGAUGGUGAUUAAAUUCAGAAGGAAGAUACCCCAGACCACACCGGUGAGCAUCCAGGGACUGGAUAUCCAGAUGGUGGGAGCAUACAAAUACCUGGCUGUGGAGGCCUUAAACAGCAGCAGACUGCUCCAUCUCAAACAGAGUCAGGGUGCUGCUGUGAUGCACAUCGGCUCACUGGAAAGACUCUGCUGCAAUAAAUGCUGUGGCCGAGCUCUCGCCUGCCAACGUGGAACAACAUCUGAUCUGUUCAACCACGGAAAGAAGAGUCCUGCUGAUAAUGUCACGCAUGUCGAAGGGCACCAACCCGACAUGAGUCCACACAGGGAUGGGAGUGAUUGUGGUCGUAGUCCUUUGCAUGAAGAUCAGAGCGUAACUGAGGCUAGAUGUGAGAAAGCUUCAUCACUGUUACAAACAGUGGAUAAGGACUGUGGAGCAGUUUCUCAUGUUGUGGCUGAAGCUUGUUUGAAUCUCAGCCAAUCGGAAGAAGUCAAACUCUGUUCUGAUGAAAAGGACAAUCACACUUCAGCUGAAGCACUUGAACAACCCCAGGGGACUGACAACGACAGGAAACAUUUCUGUCAAAUUCAUAAAAAAGAAAUCAGGACUCAAACCCAACACAGUAAGAAACACCAUGAAGGAGUCAGGCCUUACAAAUGUGUCUACUGUCGGAAGAGGUUUACCUUUCGAAGCCCUCUGAUUGGUCACCUGCGAUCCCACGCUAAAGAGAAACCCUUCUUCUGCCCUGUGUGCGGUGUGAACUUUCCUCUGAUGAGCCAUGUGAAGACGCAUAUAAAAACACACACUGUUAUGACGAAUGUGCAAAAAGAAGAAGAUGCAGGAGGAGGUUCGAUCAUCUCAGAUGGAGAUGAAUUUGAUUGGGAUUCUGGGAGCUCUGGUCAGCCUCAUGAUGUUACAUCACCUGCUGACACGGCUGCACUGGCCAAACCUGAGUAUAGCCAUUCUCUGAAAACAACACCCAGGAAACGUCGGAAGAAAACUGAGGCCGAGGAGCUCUUCAGCUGCACCGAAUGCAGCAAGGAUUUCCAGAGCGUAUACACCAGAGACCGCCAUCAGAGAGAGAAACAUGGCAAACGCCCUCUUCAUGAGUGCUGUGACUGCGGACAGACAUUUAAAGCUAACAGAAGCUUGAUAGUCCACCAGCGGAUCUACCAUUCAGCACCUACAGCGGCUGUGAAACCAGAAGAAGAGCAAAGGGCUCCGAAGACUUAUGCUUGCUCAACAUGUGGAAAGCAGUUUCCUACCAGUGCCUCUCUGAAAAGGCACCUUAUUGUUCACUCAGGGAAGAGACCAUACAAGUGCACUUUGUGUGGAAGAGGUUUCACACAGAUUGGAAACCUCAAAACACACUACAAGGUUCAUAAAGGGAAAUUCACCAACGUGGCACCGUUAAAGAAACGUGUCCCUCAAUCUGAAGAGGCUCAGUCAUCAUUGGAAAUCUGCUUUUGUCAUUUGUGUUGGACUCAAUUUUCAAAGAAACAUCUAUUAGAAGAACACUUGAAACAAGUCCACGAAUCAAAGAAACCAUUUUCCUGCGCACAGUGUGGCAAAAGAUUCACAUACGUCCAGAAAUUAAAAGAACAUGAAGCUGGGCACGAGGGUCUGAAGGCCUACCAGUGCUCACAGUGUGAUAAAGGUUUCCAGACCUCGAAGGGACUCGAGAACCACAUGCGAGAUCACACAGGAGAGAAGCCUUUCCCGUGCAUCAUAUGUGGGAAAAGAUUCAAGCAGGAAUCUACUCUGAGAGCACACUAUGUGACACACUCUGGAGAGAGGCCUCACCUCUGCUCCAUCUGUGGUAAACGUUACGCGAGAGCCGAAGAGCUUAAAGUUCACGUCAGAGUUCACACGGGUGAGAAGCCGUACCAGUGUGACGAGUGUGGGAAGAGUUUCUACUACAGGCAAGGUUUCAACAACCAUAAGAAGACCCACAAUGUCAAACCCAUAGGGCCCACCAGGCAGCUGGGCAGACCCAGACAGCUGGGGAGUAACAAGAAGUCAAGCAGGCCCAAGAGAGUUCUGCCUGAUUCAGAGGGAGAGGACCAGACCUGGGAGCCUCCUGACCUCGGGAGUAGUCCCCAUGAUCAUCUUGGCAACAAUGAAAAUCAUGCUGCAGAAAACCACAGUCAGACGUCUUCAUGGAGCUUUGGUCAUUAUACAGCAUUCAACCAGUGGGAUCAAAACCCAAAUACAUCUAACUGGAAAGCAGCGGAGGGCCACCAGGCUCACAGUUCAGCUCCAACAGGAGCAGGCAUUGAUUUCAGUAGCCUGCUUAGGGGAGCGGUGGAUCAGGAGAGAUGUCCAGUGGAGCAGCUCUCCUGGCCUUCUGGGACCACAUCAAGUGAAUUCCACCUGAGCACGACAUGCACGGAGCUGAAUCAUCAUGAAGAACAUAGACCUGAAAAACAGGACCAGGAUCACAGAGGAGCACCUACAGACAAAACUUUAAGACGGCCUGAACCUGAACACAGCAGCUCUCAUGAACGUCUGCAGGAGAAGCUGCCAGAGAAGCCGAAACAAGCCCCGGGACCUCGUAGACUCAAGAAGAACUACGACUGUCCGACCUGUGGAAGAGUGUUGUCUCACAACACCGCUCUGCAGCGACACCUUGUGAUUCACUCAGGGAAAAGACCUUUCAAGUGCUUCAUAUGUGGAAGAGGAUUCACCCAGAGUGGAAACCUCAAAACACACAUGAAAGUUCACAGAGGAGAGUUACCAAAUUGGACUUUAGUUCAAGAGAAGAGUCCUCAUAAAGAAUCUCUUCUCACAGUUCAUGUGUGUGGAGAGUGCGGCAUGGACUUCCCUCAGAAACAACAGCUGGAGGAACACCGACAGAGUCACAAAAAGCCUUACGCAUGUCCCGACUGUGACAAAACAUUCAAAAACGAAUAUUAUUUUAAAAUACACAAGCGUGUACACUCAGGAGAUUCGCCUUUCCUCUGUUCAGAGUGCGGGAAGAGUUGUGUCACAGCGGAUUCACUUAAAAAACACAAGUUGACGCACACUGGAGAAAAGAAUUUCCACUGUGAUCAGUGUGGGAGGGCGUUUUCACAAUCCUCCCAUCUCAACGUUCACCUCAAGACUCACACCGGAGAGCGGCCACACCUCUGCUCAAUCUGUGGUAAAAGUUACUCCAAAGCAUGUGAUCUGAAAGUUCAUCUGCGAGUUCACACCGGAGAGAAACCAUACACCUGUGAGAAAUGUGGCAAGUGCUUUUAUUACUCUCAAGGAUAUCGAGCGCAUCUCAAGAUACACGACAAGAAGCCGAAACCUUCAACAAAACCUUUGGGGAGACCAAAACAACAGAUGUUAGUGUUAAAUAAUCACUAAUGUCACCUGGGAGUUCACAAUAGACAGAGAAUACACAAAGAAAAGUACAUAUUACAGUUUGUUCCUCUGUUACUGUGUGAAAGUGAUUGGCUGAGCAAUAGCAAUCGUGUAUUAUAUUGUGUACGGUCAGUGCCAUUGUUUAUGUAUAGGACUACAGUAUUUAAGAAAAUAAAUCACAAUAUUGUGGAUCG